AUGUCUGCUGCAGACAACGACCGUAAGAAACCGGCGGCGUUGCUGGAGUCAUUGUUUAUGUGGGAGAUGGUGGCAUCCUUUAGUACACCACUGACGGUGUGUGAACUGGAGCGUAUUUGCCGUGACGUGCAUGCACUCUUAACAUUUAGUUCAACCGGUACCCGUCUAAUGCAGCGGUAUUGGAAUGCGCAGUACCAUAAACUUAUUUGGGAGGAGAACCACAUGGAUCCUUUACGACGGACACUUGAUUUUACCCUCACACGGAGCGAGGGGAAACGUAAUUGGAAGAAAAUGUACCGCGAGGAGUACCCGUUAUAUUUAGCGCGAACGAUACAAGGAAAAGGUGCCAACAACAAUGCCAUCAACAUGGCGAAGGUGCGCUUUAAGACGGAAUGGAGGAAUGAAAUCCUCUCGGGUGAGGAACUUGCGAAGUUGCAAAUCACGCCGCAGGAAGCCCUGGCACGGCGGGUGGCGAGGGAUUUGGUGAGCCUUGAGGGCGAAGAAGUCAACGGCACUCUCAGUCUUCACCACCACCACAAUAAUAAUAACAAUAAUAAUAAUGUUAUUGUUGUUGUUACUGGUACCAGUAGUAUUGGUGGUGAUGGCGAUGGUGGUUGUGACUCUGGCGUGCCGCAGCAGUCUCAACGGAGGGAAGAAGGGGAAACGACGACGACAACGACGAUGCCACGACGUCACCAGACGGACAAGAGAGGCAGGCGAAAAGGCGGUCACGACGGACAAUCCCAUGCGAUGAAAGACCCGGCAUUGGGGCUUUCACGUGAUGAUUACAACAAUGACAGGCGCCUUGGAAAACAUAAGAGCAAACACAAAAAAGGCGGGAUGCAUCGAUGGAGUGCAUUUGCGAGUGGUGAGUUGGAUGACGACUAUUGA